UAAACAGGGCACAGACCCAUCGUGUUUAGCGAGCUUCUUUCUGUGUCACUCGCAAGUCCUUCGUUUCCCAAAAUGCAGUGUGUUUGCGUGACUUUUGACCUCUGGAUAAAAACAAGCCGAUCAGCUGAUGUAAAAGCAAUAACAUCUACAGGGGUCUGACACAAUAACAGCUAGCUAACUUUGCCCCCCCCUCCCCUCCCUAGCGUCAGCUCUCUGUGGCAGUCGGCGGUAUGGUGUUAGGUAGUGUACGUGUCCACUUUUAGACUGUGUCGAGGCAGCAGGUUAUUUAACGAGGCAGCCGUCGGACUGGUAGCAACUGUUGGGUCAGUCGACUCAAACGAAGGCUGUUUGUUUCAUGAGUGUCUCUUUGUGUGGCUGCUGUUAGCUAAUGGCUUUUUACGACUGAGUUUCAAGGCGUGUUUUAGGCAUUUUAUCGAGGACUCUUGGGUGCUAUUAAGUACAAAGUUAGUGUCGUCAUUUGAGCUGCAGCAUUAUCAGAACAAGUCGACAGAUGCCGGGCAGCUAUUGUUAACUAGAGAGCUGUUGUUUCAAAAGGUAAACAAACUAGUUUGAGUUCGUGUGUUUAUUUUUGCUGCUUUAUUAUCCUCAAUAUCCUCAUGAUAGAGUAAGGAGAGAUAAGGGGUUUCCUGACCUGACAGGUUUGACAUGAGUGGUCAAAGCCCAGCUGUAGACAAAGGAAUGAACACCAUCCUCGUCUGUCAGGAGAGCUACGCCUGUGGGGGUUCUGAUGAGGCUGUGUUUGAAUGCGAUGAAUGCGGCAGCUUGCAGUGUACCCGUUGUGAAUUGGAGCUCCAUCGCCAGGAGCGGAUGAGGAAUCACGACCGGGUUCGGAUCGCCCCAGGCCACGUUCCUUUCUGUGACUCCUGUAAAGGGGACGGCAGCUGCUCUGGCAGGCUCAGAGCGGUGGUCCGCUGCCAGGGUUGUAAGAUUAACCUGUGUUUGGAUUGCCAAAAGCGCACCCAUAGUGGAGUCAACAAGAGGAAGCACCCGCUGGUACCUUAUCCUCCUGCCAAAGCUCCUCAGGACAACAGUGUGAGUGCUGGGGAGAGUGAAAUGGAAAUCCUCAAAGCCAAGUUGGAGAAGGUUCGCAGCUUCCUGCUAGUGGAUGAGAAGGAGGAGAUGCAGGUGAGGGAUGGAGAGGACUUUGUCAACAAAUUGAGCUGCAGUCCAGAUGAGCUCCUCAAGGUGAUCUCCAUUUUUGGAAACACUGGUGAGGGAAAAUCCUACACCCUGAACCAUACGUUCUUUCUUGGGAGAGAAGUGUUCAAGACCUCCCCCACUCAGGAGUCCUGCACCGUGGGUGUUUGGGCAGCUAUGGACCCUCUGCACCAGGUUGUAGUCAUCGAUACAGAAGGAUUGCUUGGGGCUGGAGCUAAUCAGGGUCAGAGAACUCGGCUGCUCCUCAAGGUCCUGGCUAUCUCUGAUGUGGUUAUCUACCGAACACAUGCCGACCGUCUCCAUGAUGAUCUCUUCAAGUUCCUUGGCGAUGCAUCAGAUGCCUACCUGAAGCAUUUCACCAGAGAAUUAAAGGCAACUACCACCCGCUGUGGCCUGGAUGUCCCGUUGUCCACCCUGGGCCCUGCAGUGAUUAUUUUCCACGAGACUGUCCACACCAAGCUACUAGGAUCAGACACGCCAUCAGAAUCAGCCGAGCGCCUACUCCAGGAACGUUUCAGGAAGCUGGGGUUGUUUCCAGAAGCGUUCAGCUCCAUCCAGUACCGUGGGACUCGGACCUACAACCCUCCCACAGACUUCAGUGGAUUGCUGCGCAGCCUGGAGCAGCAGUUAGACAACAAUACUACACGCUCGCCACGAUCUGCCAGUGUCAUCUUCAAGGCUCUGCAGGCCCUGAGUGAGCGCUUCAGUGGGGAGAUUCCAGAUGAGCAUAUGACCAGUAAUUCCUUCUUUCCAGAUGAAUACUUUACCUGCUCCAGCAUCUGCCUCAGCUGUGGGUCAGGCUGUAAGAGGAGCAUGAAUCACCUAAAGGAAGGUCUUGACCAUGAAGCCAAACAUCGCUGCCGGUACUCUGCACAGUAUGACAACCGCAUCUACACAUGCAAGGCGUGCUACGAAAGGGGAAAGGAAGUCAUAGUGGUUCCCAAAACGACGGCCUCGUCUGACUCACCCUGGUUUGGCUUGGCCAUCUAUGCUUGGUCUGGGUAUGUCAUUGAGUGUCCCAACUGUUCAGUGAUCUACAGAAGCAGGCAGUAUUGGUAUGGAAACCAGGACCCAGUGGAAACAGUGGUCAGAACAGAAAUCCAGCACAUCUGGCCUGGGUCUGAUGGGUUUUUGAAAGACAACAACAAUGCUGCUCAGAGGUUGCUGGAUGGAGUCAAAUACAUUUCUCAGUCUGUGUCUGAACUCAGCGUCAAGCCUGCCAAAGCGGUCACUUCCUGGCUUACUGACCAGAUUGCUCCUGCCUACUGGAAACCCAAUUCCCUAAUCCUGAAAUGCCAUAAAUGUGGGGAGGAGUUUCAGCCCAACGACACCAAGCACCACUGCCGUGCCUGUGGAGAGGGUUUCUGUGACGCCUGCUCCUCCAAAACCCGGCCGGUCCCUGAGAGGGGCUGGGGCCUCGCGCCUGUUAGAGUCUGUGAUGCGUGUUUCCAGAAUCGGGGAAUUCCAACUGAGUUGCUGGAUGCUGCGUUGGAAGAGGAGGGAGGCACCCUGAUAGCGAGGAAAGUUGGGGAGGCUGUUCAGAAUACUUUGGGAGCUGUAGUUGGUGCCAUUGACAUACCUCUUGGCCUGGUAAAGGACGCAGCUCGGCCAGCCUACUGGGUCCCAGAUCAGGACAUCCACUCUUGCUGUGAGUGCCAAAGGGAGUUCUCCCCGCGUCUCUCCAUCCACCACUGUCGUGCCUGCGGGCAGGGCGUGUGCGACGAUUGCUCCCAGGAGCGGCGUCCGGUGCCAUCCCGUGGCUGGGACCACCCCGUGAGGGUCUGCAGCGGCUGCAACCAGAAACCAGGGGAACUCUAGCAGGAAUCAUCUGAGUGAUUAAAGACACCCGCGCGUGCGGAAACUGGAAUCUCCAACAUUUCUAGUCUAACAGGCUGAGGGUUUUUUUUCUGGCUGCCUCUAGACUGUGCAGGUUGGAAUUGUUUAUUUGUUAAUGCUGGCCUCAUGUAACUUCAGUCCAUUGAGCCUGUUUCACUUUAAUAUGCCUAUAAUUUACACUGUGAAGAAGACAGGUCAGAGUGAGACUUGAAUAUGAAGACAGGGGCGAGAAAACAACUCAGAGAGAUGAUCCAAGUGAGUUUUGUACACGCUUGCUUACAAAUGACUUCAGGUAAAUUUCCAUGUGGCUCUGUAGGUCCUUUCAAAUUUGUAUUCUUGCACAAGAGUCCCUGUAACCCCUCUAUGUGACAUGCUAGUACCAUUAGCACCUUUUGUUUGGUUUGGGGCUACAUGUUUAAACCUUUUAAAAAUAGAAGUACUGACUGGAUUUUUAUAGCAAUUCCAGGUAAUCAUAUCUUAGUGUUUGUUCUAAAAUGGUUUGUGGAGGAAAUCUGGAUGUAAUAUUCAAGACAGGCUUUAGAGGAAAUGAUGGAAAACCCACAAAACGAUCUGCCGCAACGUGUUUUUGAAUUGACUCUGUGGUAGAUUACCUCUAAUUCAGCUCUGCUAAUGUUAGUUUUCUUGCUCUUUGGCUUCACACAGACUAUAUUAGAUCAUUAUAUCAGAAGCCAUUGAUGUACUGUAGCAGCAAGAUGCAUUCCAACUUCUAUAAUUAGUACAACUACUUAAAUAGUCCCAUUGACCCUUUGUGGUUGCUUGUGCACUUGAAUGGGCAGAUUUAAAAAAAGAGAACAGCCUUAUUAGUGCUGUCCAUGUUAAUUGUUUGAAUUCUACAUAGUAUACACAGUACAUAUAUGGGAAAAAUGUUUACUUUAAUAGGGAAAUUUUUAAAUUGCUUGUUUAUUUUUAAAUGUCAAAACUGCUCAUCAGGACACAUCUGAGUACAGUGAGAGUUAAAUGCAACAAACUGCUUUUAUAGAGUGGCUGGCUCACAGUAGCAACUUGUUAUGGUUAAGGUUUCAUCUUUGAGGCUGGCCCCUCAAAACAGAUCAUUAGAAAGGGUAAUCUUUUACUCUCGUCAGCUCAGGCUGCAGAGCUCCUUAGCUCGUCAGCAACGUUCGAGGUUGCUUGUAUUGCAAUAGGACUGUACAGAGCAUCUGACCUGAGUAGUAUUAAAUGAACAUGACACAGUCAGGCUUUCUACUGAAUAUCAGGGUAUUGUGAGAUUUGACUGUAUAAGAUUUUUUUUUUUUUUCAUUGACCAACUGGAGGAGUUGGGUUGCUUGUGAUGUCAUCCAAUAAUCUGAAAUAAGACUUUGACAUGAAUAAUAGAAUUACUCCAUCUCAAAAAAGACUAUCAAUGAAUAUAGAUAUCACAUGGAACCAAUCAAUACCUUGUGUUCAUGUCUGAU